AUGACGUCUUUAUUGCAACUAUUGUAUAAUUAUCAGAUGUCUGUAAUUGAAAGUGAAAGGUUUUACUAUACUCAUUUACUAGAAGAAAAAGAGUUGAAUACAAAAAACGAAGCCUUAAUAAAGAAUAAUGAUAAUACUGCUGUGUUGGUUGAUGAUAUAACAGGGAAACAACAAGAGCAUUCUUUGAGUAAAGAACUCAUCUCGUUACAAAGACAAUUAACGAAAGUGUCCAUAGAAUUACAAACAAUGAAACUAAGCAAUGAGCAAUUAAAGGAAGCACAGAAGGUUACAAAGAAUACGAUGAAUCAAAAAUUAAAUAAUUCACUAAAAACAAUUGAGAGACUAAAGAGUGAAUUGAGUGUGAAUAAUUCUAGUCAUGGUGAUGAAGACGCAUCUUCAGUUACUCCUCCAAAAAUAUUUAAUACAUUUAAAAACAAUGAAAUUAAGCAGAAAAACAAUAUUCACUUAUUAUCACCAGUUACUAGGAAGGAGUCGGGGCAUCUAGAAUCAAAUAACAAAAUUGAGAAACUUUCUGGAAUACGUAACAUUGUAAAUUCUAAGAAGCAUACAUUAUUUGACAUGGAUACUGAAUCAGAAGCUGAUAACUCUCUAAAUUCUAUUGAAAAUGUUUUAAAAAUAAAUACCUUAAAGAGAAAUGAAGUAUUAGCUAACAUGGUGCUUCCAAAGGAUGCAUUACCUGAAAGCUCCGACAUUAAUUCUUCACAAAAUAUUCUUUCUGUCGAUAUACCUCUUAUAAAAGGCAAUACAGUAGAAGAAAAACAAGUGAAGAAUCAUCAUGAAACAAAAAAGAGAACGUUAACGAAAACCAGGAUCCAAAAAUUAGACAGUGACGAUAGCUUAUUAUAA